AUGGGAGAAUAAAUUUCUAAAGAUGCUUGCAAUUGCACUGAUUCACCUUAAUAUUUAAAUACUAACAAUUAUAAUAAUUGCAUAAAUCAAUAAUAAACCAUCUCUCACUUUGAUGCUCUUAAUACUAAUGCAAAUGAUUAAUUAACAGAAAAAAAGCAUCCAUAAUCACAUUAGGUAGAUCUUUAAUAAACAAAUAAAAUAUCCUCAUUCUCACAUAUGGAUUAAUAAGGAAAAGUGCCCAUCUUAGUCCUAAGAGUAAUAGCAUCUGCAACUUUGGAAGAAAAUCAAAUUUUCGAGUUCUAACCAAAUUCUUAAUAAAAUGUUAUUUAUUUUGGUUGUAAAUACAAAAACAAAAAAGGGGGAUAUUAAAUUAAUCAUUUUAAAAUCCCAUCCGUUGAUAAUAAAUUGAAUAAAAAAAAUAGGGGGUAGCAUUUUUAUAUUAAAUAUGAUCAUAAAUCAGAAAGUUUUAAAAUCAAAGAUUUAGGAAUAGGAUUUGGAUGCUUUUUUAAAACUAAUGAAAUUAAAUUGUAAAAUAAUACCCUAAUAACAUUGGGAUAAAUGUAUUUUACAACAUAAAUAUGUUAUGGGUAAGAUUUAAUUAAAUUGCCAUCUUUUAAUAAUUUAUAGGAUGUAAAGGAAUUUAUUAUCAGUGGAUACCCUUGCGAUCGAUAAUGUUUUUUAUCUAUAGAAAGAGAUUAAUGGUACCUUAGAAUUCAAAUCUAUGGUGGAACGGCAAAAGAUGAUGUUUACAUUUUAGGAUCUAAAAAUUAUUUGCCUGUGACUAUAGGAAGAAAUAUAGAUUGUUUGAUUAGGUAUUAUGAUGAUGUUCUGUUAUCUAAAUAUCAAUGUACGAUUCUUUUUGAUGGGCAAUGGAAAAUUAUUGAUGGAAUUUAAGGAAAAUCGUCAACAAAUGGAACGUGGCUUUAUUUAAAAGAUGAAUAGACACUGACAGAAAAUAUGAUGUUGAAAACAAAUAAUACCAUAAUGGAAGUUAAUUUUAAAUGA